AUGCACCCUGCCCAGCAGCCGCACGCACCAAGUUACGAUGCAGGUCCAGGCUACCCGCCGCUCCAGCCGGCGUACGCUGGCGACGCCGUGCCGGGGCGCCCGCGCAUUUUUUCUGAAACGAGCGCGACGAGCGGCACGACAGACGCACACCACGCACUAGUCGACUCCUACAUGGACAACGGCAUGGAUCCCGCAUAUCCCCACUAUUCCGAAGAACUGCACGAGCCGCGCUACAUUACGGCCGCCGACGCAGUCGACCCGCUGACAUCGAUGGGGAAUGUGUACAGCGAAGACGAGCUGCGUAUGCCGCUCACAGACAAGGACUAUGCCUCGUCGUAUGGGCCGCACGGAGGUCGUGGCAGUUUUCAAGACCCCCGCUUUGGCAUGCACCGUCCGAGCGCGUCGAUGAUCGACUUUAAUCCGGACGACCAGAGCAGUGGGCUGGGAUGGGUCGAGCGGCAGCAGCCGCCGUCGCACGGCCACAAGCGCCAGGUCGAGCUGAAAGGCGGCAACUGGAUUGUGGACUACCCCGUUCCCUCCCCAGUCUCGAACGCGGUCGAGCAGCAGUACCGUGCCGAGGGCCAGCCGAAAGAGUUUACGACCAUGCGCUAUUCGGCUGUGACGUGCGAUCCGGACGAGUUUACGCGCGAGAAUGGAUGGGGACUGCGUGCGUCCACCGAGUACGGCCGUGCGACCGAGUUAUUAAUCUGCCUCACGUACUACAAUGAGGACCGCAAUCUGCUUACGCGCACGCUCUAUGGCGUCAUGCAGAAUAUCCGCGAUAUCUGCAAGAACCGCUGGUCCAAGUACUGGAGCCACUGCUCGGAAGAAGGGCGGCCGGCCUGGCAGCGCAUUGUCGUGUCGCUCGUCUACGACGGCAUCGACCCGUGCGACAAGGAGACACUCGACGUACUUGCGACGAUGGGCGUGUACCAGGACGGUGUAAUGAAGCGCAAGGUCGAUGACAAGGAGACGGUCGCGCAUCUCUUUGAGUACACGACGCAAGUCGCCGUCGAUUCGACACCCAAGCUCGUGCAGCCCGCGCAGGGAAGCGACAGCAACCUCGUGCCGGUGCAAAUGAUCUUUUGCAUGAAGCAGAAGAACUCGAAAAAGAUCAACUCGCACCGCUGGGUCUUUAAUGCGCUCGGCCACCAUCUGGACCCCGAGGUGUGUGUGCUGCUCGACGUCGGUACCAAGCCCGGCACCCGCUCCAUCUACCACCUCUGGGAGGCGUUCCACAACAACCCCAACCUCGGCGGUGCUUGCGGCGAAAUUCACGCAAUGAUCAAGCGCGGCGCCAAGCUGCUCAACCCCCUCGUUGCCGCGCAAAACUUCGAGUACAAGAUCAGUAAUAUCCUGGACAAGCCGCUGGAGUCGACGUUUGGGUACGUCAGCGUCCUGCCCGGUGCAUUCAGUGCGUACCGCUACCGCGCGAUUUGCGGCCGGCCGCUGCAGCAGUACUUCCACGGCGACCAUACGAUGGCCGCGCAGCUCGGCUCCAAAGGCAUGGACCAGAUGAACAUCUUUAAAAAGAACAUGUUCUUGGCCGAGGACCGCAUCCUGUGCUUUGAGCUCGUGGCCAAGGCGGGCGACAAGUGGGUCCUCUCCUAUGUCAAGCCGAGCAAGGCCGAGACGGACGUGCCCGAGCACACGGCCGAGCUCAUCUCGCAGCGCCGCCGCUGGCUCAAUGGCUCGUUCGCGGCGUCGAUCUACUCGUUGGUGCACUUUUACCGCUUCUACCGCAGCCGGCACAAUUUUGUGCGCAUGUUCUUUUUCCACGUCCAGGCGCUGUACAAUCUGUGCCAGCUGGUGCUUUCGUGGUUUGCGCUCGGCAAUCUGUGGCUCACCUUUGCGAUCAUCAUCCAGUACCUGCCCGAUGUGCUCCUGCGCGAUUUCCCCGACGUGUGGCUCAUUGCCUUCCACUGGAUCAACCUGGUGUUGAUGUGGGUAUAUGGCUUUUUCCUUGCACUGCAGUUUGUGCUUGCACUCGGAAAUCGACCCAAAGCAGAGCACAUCACGUAUGCACUAUCGAUCCUCAUCUUUGGUCUGCUCGGCACCUAUGUCAUGGGCGUCUCGCUAUGGCUCACGAUCCACUCGUUACUCAAUAUGCGCGUCAAGGACGGGAAUUAUACUGAGGUGAUCUUUAGCAGCACCACGGCAGUGCUCAUUGCGUCACUCGCUGCCAUGUUUGGCAUCUACCUCAUUGCCUCGAUCCUCUAUGCAGACCCCUGGCAUAUGGUGACCAGCGUCGGGCAGUACUUUUUCCUCGCGCCCUCGUUUGUGAACGUGAUCAAUGUGUACGCCUUUUGCAACCUGCACGAUGUGAGUUGGGGCACAAAGGGCUCCGACAAGGCCGAUGCACUACCCUCUGUCGAUACCUCCAAGAAGGCCUCGGAGGGUGGCGCGGUGGAGGAAGUGGCCUAUGACCAAGCGGACCUCGACGAGCGUUUCCGCGGCGUGGUGAGCCGUGCUAUCAAGCCGUACGAAAAGGAGCACACGGUCGAUCGGCCGACACCAGACGACAGCAACAAGACGUUCCGUACGCGUCUCGUGGCAUUUUGGCUCUUUACGAAUGCGAUCUUGGUCGCGGUCGUGAUGAAUUUGUACAGCUACACCCCUCACGAGAAACUCGACAAGGAAGCUUCGCAGGGCCAGCAGAACCAGCAGUACUACUUCAAGGUCAUCCUAUGGUCCACCUUUGGCAUCGCCUUCUUCCGCUUUGUAGGCUGCCUGAUCUACUGGUUCAAGCGCCAAACCACGCGCUGGUUCCACAAGACCUAG